GAGAGGCAACAACCCGAUAAGGGGUGAGAUGAGAGGUUGAGAGCCAGUUUGGGGACAUGGGGAACAGUCCCAGAGAACGAGGAACAGCAACAGCUCAGCUCCCCUACAGAGUGGAGCUGGUCACGAAAAGAGAAGGGUGCCAGUUUGUGAGGAAGUUUCAGAUCCACAUCUAUGUGUGGAAAUGUUUCUUAGUAAACUCUAUUACCAACCUGUCUUGGAGUGGAGCGAGAGGUGCCCCAGGUACCUGGUGACCAGCCUGCGACCAAAACCCAGGGAGAAGGGGUAGCAGAGAGAUGCUCCACAGCC